UAUAAUACAAAUUAUACAUAAAUACAGAACAGAAAGAGAAAACAACUCCCAAAUGACGAAAAGAGGCUUCCCUCCAAGAUGGGAUUAUAUUCACUUCAAGGAAAGCGACGAUAAGCCAACCAUAUGACUUCCUUUGGGGUUAUAUAUAUAUAUAUAUACACACACAUAUACAUAUGUUCUUCUUCUUCUAUCGUCUUAUACCUCAUUUCCAACAUGGCAAUUAGGUUGAUGAGAAGAUCAUCAAGAACAAUUGCUCAUCUUCUCAACCAAAGCGUUGCCUCUGCAUCUUCAUCUUCAUCUUCAUCUUCAUCUUCGUUCCCAUGCAGUAAUACCAGUCUUCUCUCCUUUUGCCGAUUCAUCACGACUACUGUAGCUGAAAACCAGCUUGAUCUACACCAUGCUACUCAACACCAUAAUCAUAACCAGGAACUCGAUUUUCCAGGAGGAAAGGUGACAUUUACUUGUCAACUAAAAUUCAUUCAACACUCGCCUGAGAAAAGAAUACCAUGUUAUAGACUUCUCGACGACAAUGGACAACAAAUUGAAGACACUCAUUUUCACCCGGUAAGCGAGGAACUGGCAGUGAAGAUGUACACGAACAUGGUGACUCUUCAAACAAUGGACACCAUAUUGUACGAAGCACAGAGACAAGGAAGAAUAUCUUUCUAUCUCACCACCUUUGGAGAAGAAGCAAUUAACAUAGCCUCCGCCGCCGCACUCACCCCCGAUGAUAUUGUCUUGGCUCAGUAUCGAGAACCUGGAGUUUUACUGUGGAGAGGAUUCACGCUUCAAGAAUUUGCCAACCAGUGUUUCAGUAACAAGCAUGAUUAUGGGAAAGGUAGACAGAUGCCAAUCCAUUAUGGCUCUGCAUCUCACAACUACUUCACCAUCUCUUCGCCAAUUGGUACUCAACUUCCUCAAGCGGUGGGGGUUGCUUAUUCUCUGAAAAUGGACAAGAAGGAAGCGUGCGCUGUUGCAUAUUUUGGGGAUGGUUGCACCAGUGAGGGAGAUUUCCAUGCGGGUCUCAACUUUGCAGCUGUUACAGAAUCUCCUGUCAUCUUUCUCUGUCGCAACAAUGGCUGGGCCAUUAGUACUAAAACAUCAGAACAGUUUCGCAGCGAUGGGGUGGUGGUUAAGGGGCAAGCUUAUGGAAUUCGGAGCAUACGUGUUGAUGGAAAUGAUGCGCUCGCUGUUUACAAUGCAAUUCGUGCAGCUCGACAAAUUGCCAUUACUGAACAAACACCUGUUUUAGUUGAGGCUCUCACUUACAGAGUCGGACACCACUCAACAUCUGAUGAUUCAACAAAAUACCGCUCGGUGGAUGAAAUCCAACACUGGAAAAUGGCUCGAGACCCUGUUGGUAGAUUUCGAAAAUGGAUUCAAAUGAAUGGUUGGUGGACUGAGAAUGACGAAGCUGAGAUACGAAGCAAUGUUAAGAAACAGGUAAUGCAAGCAAUUCAGAUUGCAGAGAAGACAGAGAAACCUGCUCUUGCAGAGCUGUUUACAAAUGUCUAUGAUGUUCCGCCAUUAAACCUCCGAGAGCAGGAGAAGAAGCUAAGAGAUACUGUACAGAGAUAUCCACAAGACUAUCCAACUGAUAUUCCUGUUUGAUUAAUAAAAUAUUUCUCAAAUUUAAUUAAUCAAUGAUUGAAAUCUCUGCAACUUC